CCCGCAGAGCCUGGUGGGGCCGCGCCGCGCCCGCCCGCCCGCCCGCCUCAGGCGUGAGGAGCCGCGCCGCCCCGCCUAACGGUCGCCGCCGCCGCUGCCAUGCGCCGCCGGGCGCCCCGCGGCCUGCGGCGCUGAGGCGGCGGGGGGCGAGCCGAGCCCAGCCCAGCCGCCCCGCCCCGCGGCACGGCGGGCAGCCCGGCGGCGGCGCAGGUGCCCCGCAGCUCCCGGAGGUCGCUGGGCCGCCGCCGGCCGCCACGCAGAGCCGCAGCCCGGCUGCUGCCGCGCUGGCGCUUCUCCGCCGCCGCCCAGUUUCCAGAUCUGAGCCCUCGGGGAUCCCGAGGGAUCCGGCCGAAGGAAACACACCCUUCUGAGUCCGGCUGCGAGCGGGUGGCGCGUAACGGCCCGCGGUGGCUAACGAUCCGGAGCGAUUCCUCAGGCUGCGCAGCCCGGUCUCCUGGCGAAAGUUUAUUUUUCAUUGGGGGGGGGAACCAUCCCAGAAACCAGAAAUUUUUACGUUGCCAUGUUAAUGUUGCUUGCUUUUGGAUUGCUACUGCAAGAAACUCUGGCUAAUUCCCAGAAUGAAAAUCUUACCGAAUUCAAAAAUGUUGUGGAAGAGCCAUUAUACAGCUACAAAACCAUCAACUUGCCGGAUGAGCAUAUUCCUUACUUUCUGCACAACAAUCAGCAUAUUGCCAGCGUUUGUAAGCAGGACUCACGUUGCCCGUAUAAGAAAUACUUGAAGAAACUAAAAUCCUGCUGGGGUUAUGAGAAAUCCUGCAAAUCAGAUUACAGGUUCAGUUACCCAGUGUGUGAUUAUGUUGAAACUGGAUGGGCAAGUGACAUCGAGACAGCCCAGCAGAUAUUCUGGAAACAAGCUGACUUUGGUUACAUUAGAGAGAGGCUGAAUGAAAUGAAAACCCAUUGUAAGCCUGCAACAAUGGGAGAUUCAUCUCUGACCUGUUCUCAGUACCUUCAGCACUGCAGAGCAACAAACUUGUACAUUGAUUUAAGAACUGCAAAGAGAAACCAUGACAGAUUCAAAGAAGACUUUUUCCAGAAGGGAGAAGUUGGAGGUCAUUGCACCCUUGAUGUUCAAGCAUUUUUGGCUGAAGGUCAACGCAAGAGCCCUCUGCAGUCUUGGUUUGCAGAACUCCAAACGUUUACCACAUUAAACUUCAGGCCCCUAGAAGAUGGCAAAUGCGACAUUGUUAUUGAGAAGCCAACAUACUUCAUGAAAUUAGAUGCAGGUGUUAAUAUGUACCAUCACUUUUGUGACUUCGUCAAUCUUUAUAUUACACAGCAUAUCAAUAAUUCAUUCAGUACUGAUGUCAACAUAGUCAUGUGGGAUACAAGCUCAUAUGGUUACGGCGACUUGUUCAGUGAGACAUGGAAGGCAUUUACUGACUAUGAAGUAAUACACUUGAAAACUUUUGACUCUAAAAGGGUAUGCUUUAAAGAAGCAGUCUUCUCAUUACUGCCUCGAAUGCGAUAUGGCUUGUUUUAUAACACACCGUUGAUCUCUGGCUGUCACGGUACAGGGCUAUUUAGAGCAUUUUCUCAGCAUGUGUUACACAGAUUAAAUAUCACACAAGAAGGACCCAAGGAUGGGAAAAUUCGAGUCACAAUACUUGCACGCAGUACAGAUUACCGGAAAAUAUUAAAUCAGAAUGAGCUUGUGAAUGCUUUGAAAACAGUAUCAACAUUGGAGGUCAAAGUGGUGGACUACAAGUACAAGGAGCUUGAAUUUUCAGAGCAAUUGAGAAUUACGCAUAACUCUGAUAUAUUCAUUGGGAUGCAUGGAGCUGGACUUACCCAUUUGCUUUUUCUACCGGAUUGGGCUGUUGUUUUUGAACUGUAUAAUUGUGAAGACGAACGUUGUUAUCUGGAUUUAGCAAGGCUGAGAGGCAUUCGCUAUAUCACUUGGCAAAAAAGGAAUAAAGUAUUCCCUCAAGAUCAGGGGCACCACCCAACACUGGGAGAACAUCCAAAAUUCACAAACUACUCCUUUGAUGUGGAAGAAUUUAUGUACUUGGUGCUUCUGGCUGCAAAUCAUGUUUCACAGCAUUCCAAGUGGCCAUUUAGGGUAAAACACGAUGAACUGUAAAUUAAGACUUCAGACUGAAAUAUUAUUUUAAAUAAUGCUUCAUAUGUAUGUUCAUAUGUAACAACAUAAAGCAAAAUGCUGGUGUGAAACAUGUAAACCUCUAGGAGGAAAACAAUCCAUUUUUAACUUGUCAGACCAGUUCAUAACACCAUACUGUAUCUUUGUAUUCCCUCUCUUUAAGUUUUAGGAGUUUUCCGUAUGUAAAAGCUAUCAGGAUUUUUUCUGCACUGUAUUUUUGCAUCCCAGAUUCUGAACUACUACUUCAUACAAAAAUAGUCCAUACAUUUCAUGUAAUGUUUAUCUUGGGUUAGGUAUUUGUCUUGUAGGAAUUUAUGCCUGUUAUGCAAGUUGAGGAAAUGCUAGAAGAUGGAGAGUAUUACGGAUUGAUUUCUCAGUAUAGUCUCUGUGAGAAUGAAAUAGGCCUGUCAAGAGUUUUUCAGUUCUUCUUUUUAAGACCUGGAUGCUUUUAUACUACAGUACAGUACCUGCAAGUGAAAAUCUGAAAAGGACUUAUCUUCCUGUUAUAAGGCCCUGGCCAGGAUAUCAUUUGCGGUCAGGUUACAUGACACCAUAGUUCCAGUACGGCCACUUUCCUUUCUGUCACCAUCCAUGUUACUGCAGUGUUUAUCCCUGUAUCACUUGUAGAUUUGAAGAUCUUGCUUUGUAAAAUGGUGGUUUUAAGAAUGAAGUGGUUGAGCAAACUUUAACUUUUGUUAUCUGAUACAGCAGAUACUGAGGACUCCUAUUUCAAACUUAGAAGCAUUUUCAAGGUAGAGAGCAGUGUGUGUUACAUUUUCACAUUUAAAAAAAUAAACUUUCUGACUCUUUCCCCUCAUUUUAAAAAUAGUUUUAAAUGUAACAUGUCUGCUCAGUGAGUUUAGUCAGUGUUCUCUCAAAGCAUAUAAGACUUUUCCUAAGUGAAUAUUUAACAAACUUCUGGUAAUCCAGGUAUUUCCUACUUUUUCACAUAAAAGAGCACUCCUGCAAUGGAAAACCUGAGAAAAUUGGAAUAAAAUUUAAGUUAUUUUGAGGAUGCUAAAGGGAAUGGAGUACCAGUGUUUUAUGACAAAUGAUAAGAUGUAUAGGGUGUUUUUCAGCUGCAGCUGAAGGGAAAUGAAGUCAUGAGGAACUUUGUUCUUGGGAUCAUUAAAAGCCUAAUCUCAGUAAUAUUCUUUUCUCAUAAAGUAGAAGAGUUACUCUAGAAAAUUUCUGAAAAUCUUUCUGAAACCAGUAGCAUAGCUCACUGUUUUCAGCAAAGACAAUAUUAAGCCAAAACUGAAUUCUCUGUAAAAUUCCCCUCUGGAGCUGACAUUUUGGUGCUAGUGAAACAAAUGGGAAUAGUUCUGUUGUCUUUAAUGGAGCCGGAAUGAUGUGUGGAAAAAUCAAAUUCAAUGAGAUAAAAAGCAAGAGUUCCAUGUUGUUAUAUAGAUUUUUUUUUUUUUGACAAUGUAUUCCCAUGACACACUUGCAGUAUAAUCAUACACAGUUUCAGUGUCUUCAAGCAAAGCAUACGUUUGUAUGCAAAAGUAAGACAGUGUUACAGUAAAUGUAAACACCUCAGUGGUAUAAUUGUAGAUAUUAUUGACUUCCAUUCUCUAACAGUCAUAGGCAAUUUCACAGAUUGUAGGUAUAUUUACUGACCUGCCUACACUGGCAAAGAUGAGUUACUGUAAGUGUAACUUUCAUAUAGAUCUCUCAUGACCUUAAGCAGUGCAUAGGAAAAGCCAAAUGUAGCUGAUACACAGGAUCUAUUAAGGUAUUUGGUGCAAUUUUUAGUUUAGUGCAUUGCAUAACUGAUGGUAAAACUGUUUUGCUUUAAAGAAUCAUGGAAGCAAAAUUGCACUUCUUGAUAUGAAAAAAAUGCUUUAUUUGAGAAAUGCAGUUUCCUGUACUUCUUCGUGUGUGUGUUUUUUCUUUUUUCUUUUUCUUUUUACCUUGUGGGAUUUUUAAAGGAAAAAAUGUAUAAAACUUAAGGCAGUAAAGUAUCUGAGUUUGAAAGAAACAACUCCAAAUAAAGAAGACGUUUAACUAUGAAUUGUACACAGAUAUAUUUGAUAAAGAACUUUUUAAUAAAAAAAUACUGUAGAAUUUUUGAUCAUUGUUUGCCAGGUUUUAGAGGCAAAUGUUUUAAAUAGUCUUAAUUGCAUAGUGUCAUGUCUGUCUUUUUCUGCCAUGACAACCUGAUGUUCAGCAGUCCUAACUGACAUUCAAAUUUAUUUAUUUGGGAAUCAUUCAUGGAUAAUGCUGUCAUCUUGCACUGAAGGCUCUGUUGCCUGGCAUUUUAAGAUUGGUAGAGGUUUGAGGAAAAUUUUUGUGCAUAUUUAACUAUCUGCACUGCAGAUGAUGCUGUUGAAGCCAGUGUGAAUGCAAGCACAUGCUUGAAUCUUUAUAGAAGCAGCAUCCCACUUGCUGAUGAGGAGUUUCUCUUUCAAGCUGUGUUAGGACUCACUAAAACAAGUAGUUGAACAGAUGCCUAAAUGCGUGGAUGAGAGGUUGUGGGGACUUAAUCCAGGGGCAAAAUAUCCUGCCAACACUCUCCAAUUUCAGCAAACUUGAGUGCAAUGUCAACAUUUGAUAACUAACAUAUACUAACCCAUAAGGGCUGAGGAAUUACUGGGAUGAAAAUAGUAUUUUGGUUAAUUAGCUUUACAAAUAGUCAUGCAAUUAUCUUGGCAGUAGAAAGAGGUUUGGUUGGACUGAUGGAAUUUUGCCCAAAAAUCCCCAGAGAGAACUUGGGCAGCAGCAAAGAUUUCGUUCACAUGACCUUCUUGAAGAGGGGCUGGGUCAUCUCAGUCUGCCUGGAAAUCAGAAUUUGAUGGAAUCCAUGAGGCUUUCCAGGCCACUUCUUCUCUAGGUAGGGUAUAGCCUUGGAUUAUAUUUUCCUAACAGACUGUGGGAAUUUUGUUCCUUGCUACUUUUCAUUUUUGUCUCUCCAGUGUUGUGGUGAUUGCUUUUCACUACCUUAAGUUCAGAGUCUGUGUUCAACUGGCACAUUGGCAUCAGCACGAUAAAUUUAGCUUUGGCACUUAAUGAAUGUUGCCAAUCCUGAGUACUUUCGGAUUGCUUGCGAUUCAUGUACAGUUUAAACUGAGACCUGUUUUUGAAAUAAAAAAUAACAUGUAGAUGUA